AUGGCUGGAGGUGGCGCUGGUCCGACCGGCUUCGAUGCUGCACUUCAGAGACGUCAGGCCCUCAUGGGCGCGAGUGGCCCUAGGGCCCUUGUGAAGAAUGGAAAGGUCUUUCUCAUCGCCUUGUUCGCCUGUCUUGGUGGUGUGCUCUACGGAUACAACCAGGGCAUGUUCAGCGGAAUUUUGGCUAUGCCCUCGUUCGGAAAACAAACCGAUGGGUACAUUGAUAAUCCAACGCAAAAGGGAUGGUUGACUGCGAUCUUGGAACUCGGAGCUUGGUUUGGAGCCGUCAUGUCGGGAUUCGUGGCAGAGAGCAUGUCACGAAAGUACGGCAUCUUGAUUGCGACCGCCGUUUUUAUUGUUGGUGUCGUGGUACAAAUCAGUGCUAUUUCAGGUGGUCAUGAAGAGAUUCUCGCUGGCCGAUUCAUUACUGGUGUUGGCGUCGGUGGUCUCUCCGUCAUUGUGCCCAUGUACAACAGCGAAUGCGCGCCUCCUGAAGUUCGUGGCGCACUCGUAGCUCUUCAACAACUUGCCAUUACGUUCGGUAUCAUGAUAAGUUUCUGGAUCAACUACGGAACUAACUACAUUGGCGGUACAACACUCGAAACGCAGUCAAACGCCGCCUGGCUCGUUCCCAUUUGUCUGCAGUUGCUUCCAGCUUUCAUCCUCAUCAUCGGCAUGAUUUGGAUGCCCUUCUCCCCCCGCUGGCUCGUCCACCACGGCCGCGAAGAAGAAGCUCGCAGUAACCUCGCCUCCCUGCGCAAUCUACCUAUUGACCACGAGCUCAUUGAGUUGGAAUUCCUGGAAAUCAAAGCACAAUCCAUGUUCGAGAAGCGCAGUAUCGCUGAAGCAUUUCCCCAUCUACGUGAGCAGACGGCGUGGAAUAUCUUCAAAUUGCAAUUUGUGGCGAUUGGAUCGUUGUUCAAGACAAAGGCCAUGUUCAAGAGGGUGGUUGUUGCUACGGUGUCUAUGUUUUUCCAGCAGUGGACGGGUAUCAAUGCAAUCCUAUACUACGCACCUCAAAUUUUCAAGCAAAUCGGGCUUACAGGAAACACGACAUCCCUCCUCGCCACGGGUGUUGUAGGAAUCGUGAUGUUCAUUGCAACAAUCCCUGCAGUCCUCUACAUCGACCGCCUAGGCCGUAAACCCGUCCUCGCCGUCGGUGCAAUCGGCAUGGCAUUCUCCCACUUCGUCAUCGCCGUCAUCCUCGCAAAGAACAUUGAUAACUUUGAAAAUCACCGUGCUGCAGGUUGGGCGGCCGUGGUCAUGGUUUGGUUGUUUGUGAUUCAUUUUGGAUAUUCUUGGGGUCCUUGUGCUUGGAUUUUGAUUGCUGAAAUCUGGCCCCUAUCAACUCGCCCCUAUGGUACUGCUCUUGGCGGCUCCUCCAACUGGAUGAACAACUUCAUCAUCGGUCAAAUCACCCCCGAACUCCUCGAAAACAUCACUUACGGUACCUACAUCCUUUUCGGACUGGUCACCACGCUCGGAGCCGCGUUUAUCUGGUUCUUCGUCCCGGAAACGAAGAGGCUGACGCUCGAGGAGAUGGACACGAUUUUCGGAUCUGAGGGCGUUGCCGCCAAGGAUAAGGAGAGGAUGGAUGAGAUUAACAGGGAGAUUGGACUGGCGGGGCUGGCAAUGGGAGAUGCGGAGAGUGGCAAUGGGAGUGCAGAGGUUCAGGUUGUGGGAGGUGAGAAGGUUUAG